AUGAGUAUACACAUUAAUGGACUGCGAGAUCUGCAUCUUAAUGAUCCAAAGUUGAACAUUAGAAACAGCAACGGCCCCACUACAAACAAGCAAAAAAUGAAUGCCCAGGUCUCCGAACUGGACACUAAAGCGUUCAAAAUAAGCCCUAGAAAGGAGAAUUAUAUGGAACUUCUCACACCGUUGAAGAGCCCGGCAUCCGCAAGCGCAUCCUUCAACAUAAUGCCGCUGAAAGAGUCCACCAACUCUCUUGGAUACAACGCCAUUAGUCCUUCCACUUCAGCAUCAGCCAAUGAUCCCCAUCGCAGUAUCCCCAUCCAACAUGCGCCUUCGGUCAGUGAUUACAAAAGAAGGAUGAAAGAAAUCACCGAUUUGAAAAUUGUCAACGAGGACCUUAUCAAAGAGUUGGAAAUGUUGCAAGACGAAGUGAAUCACAAGAACCAAAUCAUAGACGUCAAAUCGAUGAAGAUUGACGAGUUAAUGCACGAGAAUAAUCGACUCUUGAACAACUUGAAGCAAGAGCGUGAGUCCAAUGAAAACGACUUUAACACCUGGUUAGACUUGAAGACGAAUCUGGAAUUGCAGAUCCAUAACUUGAAGAGUUUACUUGAAAAACACAACAGUGAGCCUAGAAAUAAUUUUUUCACAAAUGAUAACGACAAAUCUGUGUUUGGUGGAAACGGAAAACAUAUAGACACAAAUACACUCACCGUCGAUUCAGAAUACGACAACGAUAAUAGCACCACCAACCUCAGUAAUCAUGGCAACGACAGUGUCAAUGACAAUGAGUACGAUAACAACAAUGACGAGCUCUACAACCAGAUCCAGUUGUUCAAGAAUGACAUAAACAAAUUAAAGAAAAAGGUGAAUGCCCUCCGAAAAGAAAAUGAAUUGGAAGUGCAAUCCAAAAUUAUGAUCAUGGAUGAACUAGAAAUGAUGAGAGAGCGAUAUCUGGAAGUCGACGAGAAACACGAGUUUCUGAAACUGGACUAUGAUGACCUAGUUAAAGAAUUGCUAUUAUUAAGAGGUGACACUGACGACAAUAACAGUAUAACGACCAAUGAUAUGGAUUCUAUUACCCCUACACAAGAGUCAUCUGAAGAGAUGAAAUUGCAAAAUUCAAGUGAAGAGAAGAAGCUAGAAGAUCGUGUUUUAAGUGUGAAAAAGAAAAGAAUCACGUCGAAGUCGUCCAGUAACACAAGUGACGAGAAUUACAGAAUUGCGAGCCUGAGAAACAACAGUUUGAACAAGGCAAUUCGAGACGUUGAACUUAAAUCACAAAAACAGAAAUAUUCUCAAGAGCUGAUCAAAUAUGAGUUUGAGAUCAAAUCUCUCAAGUUACAAAAUGAAAAGCUCCUUUCAUACAUCGGCUAUACACUGCAAGUUAAUGGGGUUGACGUGAAUAAUGGAUUGGAAAAUUUACGAAACUUCUCAGAUUCAAGUUCUGUUGUGAACGGUCGUGUUUCAAGCUAUGAAAGUACCACCUCUAACAAUACUGCCACUCAUGACAAUAUAGAAUACUCGGAUGCUUAUAAUAUCAAGUCUGCACAAAGGAACUUAAAAACUGUCAUAAAAAGUGCAUCGGCACUACCCAUCAGACCAGAUUCCAAUAUCUUUAUUACUAAUACUAGUAACAAUAAAGUCCGUCCCAUCACAGUGAAAAAGGCGCAUAAGAAUAAAUUCUCCAAUAUGAGAUCAAUUGAUUUUAAUACCAGUAUGUUGAGUAUGAGCAGAAACGCCAACAGCUCUAGCACAAACAUCAAUGAUGUCAACGAUAAUGACUCCUUCUUGGACUUCCAAGGUACUUCCAUUGAUUAUUCCACUGAUUAUAACCAAGGAGAGGUGGAAUGCAUCGAUAUAGGGGGCUCUGAUUCAUUUGAAGAGUACGGAGACGACGAAUUGGAGGAGGAAGAAGACAAUCUUUUGCCUUCACUCGAAGGUGUUAAAGUGACUAACUGUGACGACAUGGUCAGCAGUAACAGGCUUUGCAAGAAUAAGCUAAUUUUCACCUCCACCGAUUCAUUGAAUGUUUCGUAUAAAAUGAACCUCAUCAAUCCUAAAACUUACAAGACUGGAAAAUCAUUUAAAACUACAACUAGAACUCAGUUGAAGAGAUUGACUCCUUCUAGCCUGAACUUGAACAGGAAAUCGAGCACACUGAACGAUGUUCAUGAAGAGCUCAACGAAGGAAAGCUCCUGAAUGACAAUGGAGAGAGAGAGCCGAUUGUCAUUGGAGAUGAAGUUGACGAUGAUCUCAUCAUUAACGACCUCAACAUCAUCAAUGGUGGCGACGAUGACGAUUAUCUUGAUGGGGUGCAGUCUGAUAUCGAUUUCAGUCUAGAUGGCCACAAACACGCUAAUAAUGCCAUUCUCAGCAGCAACAGAAGAACGGACCCCAAGUAUUUCUCUAUGUACCAGAUCAGCGAGGAGGACGAGAGUGAGGAUGAUGACAACUACAACAUGCAGUUUUCCAGCUCGGACGACAACGAAGAUGACGGCGACGAAGAUGAAACAUUCAACAUCUCCAACCAGGAGAUCGACAUGUUCAAGAUUGAUUUUCUGAGAAGGUUGUACUGUCCGAAGCAUUCGAUGUUUCAGUGUUUCUGCCGGUCGAUGGACUUGGUGAACCCGCUCUACUUCAAGAUAUUCUCCAGUCCCAUUUACUCGCUACGCCGGAAACUGAAGAAACAGCACGAGCGGAGGGGCCCAAAUCUGAAUCUUUUGAAGCUGAAGUCAAAGAUGCUUUCUAACUCAUCGUCGUCGUCGCUGUUGUCUAUGUCCUCCAAUGCCAACAACACCGGCCCCACCACUGGUGCAGGCGCUGGCGCCGGUGCCGGCAACGCAAACGGUGCCAAGCGGGCACACCCUAUGAGAUACCAUCGACAUGAGCGGGAGAUCCAACAGCUUCACACGUCUGCCCGUGCCGACGACUUCUGUUGCGGAAUGAGUGUCAGCAAUGCGAGCCUCGAGGGCAUGACCGCUGCCUCUGUCGGAGCUGCCGGGUGCGUUAGCGACGAUGUGUUGGUUGUCGACUGA